AUGUCGGAAGUUGACAAAGCACAAACAGCUCAGGCUGGUGGGGACACCAUAUUUGGGAAAAUUAUCCGCAAAGAGAUCCCUUCUGAAAUUCUCUACGAAGAUGACAAAUGCAUGGCAUUUAAGGAUGUAAAUCCACAAGCGCCUACUCACUUUCUUGUCAUACCAAAAAAAGCCAUCACGGGAUUGUCUGCGGCAGAAGAUACUGACUCAGCACUUUUAGGACACCUUAUGACUGUAGCAAGAAAAGUUGCUGUAGAACAAAAUAUUGCUUCGUCGGGAUAUCGUGUUGUGGUUAAUGAUGGGAAAAAUGGAGCUCAGUCUGUUUAUCAUUUACAUCUGCAUGUUCUUGGUGGACGUCAACUUGGCUGGCCUCCUGGCUAA